UUCAUCGAGAGCAAUACUACCGUUAUCUACAUCGCACGAAUGACCCUUUUUCAUUGUGGGCGUUACAAAGCAUCCACCAAUGUUUGCUUUUCUCCGUUAUGUCCGAAGUAGAAUGACGAAUGCGACCACGAUUGCGACGACUGCGACAACUAUUGCCGCCAAUGUAGCGAAAAUAGUCAACACGACGCUAGCUGCUGUAACUACCACUGUGCUACCUACUCAUGGAAACUUCACAGCAACCAAUGCUACGAUUUUUUCAAAUAUCACCACCACAGUCCCAUCAACGACUCACUUGCCGACGACGGCCAGCACUGCAGUAACGAAUGCUACCACUGCGACGGCAUCAUUGCCGACCACGAAAGUGAAUCCCACAAGUGCAGCGUUCCCCACGACCACUACAGCACCCGCUGGUGGUUCUCCUUCAGGACUGGUUUUUCUAUCCGUAAUACUGUUUGCAGUUGCAGUAGCUUUGAUAGCGAAGAUUAUAUACAGCAACAGAAGGAGGAGAAGCGAUCUUAUUGGUGGCACAGCUCGCUGGAGGUUAGCUGCUUCCCAACAAAGCGGAGCUGGUCCGCAACAAACGGCAGCCAGCUAUGCGCCCAUGGGUGGCAAUAGGCAAGCGAACGGCACUAAUGGAUUGGAUACUCCUGGUCCUGAUAGACUGGACUGGGAACGACAGUUCUUCGAUGAUACCGAGGCCACAGUCCCAUCUCGUCUACAGCUAGAUCUCAGUCGCACUUGAACAACUGGGAUAAUCAGAGGACUUGCCGCCUGGAAAAUUUCGCAUUUACCAAUUUUUGUUACAAGGUUUCACAAAUUUGCUUUUGCACGAUGGCUUUUAACCCAGCACAUUAGUUUCGUCGGGUUCUACGUAUUGUGCUUGUAUUAAAUUGCCACAAAUUAUGGGGUUCCUGAGUAUUAACCGUUGUUUUUUUUUCGCUUCACUGUAUUUUUUCUGCAAUGUCUGUUCUUCCGUAUAGCUUUAAAAAUGGAUAUUGUGAAUAUCUGAUGAAACCUACUCCACUCGCUGCCAGAGCGACAAUUGUUAAUUGACUGUGAUCAUAUCAUAUUGCUGCAUACAUGUGAUAGCACCGCAAAUUGCGCUGCAGAUGGAAUUUUAUGUGUAUAACGUGAGGCGGACAUAUUAGAGAAAUGUCAACUUAUUCGAG